AAUAAUGGCAUAUUGCUGUUACAAAGCAUAAAAUUACGUUGAUCGUAUCAUUUAUAGGGGAGAGACAAUAUAUCAAUAAAAUAGAAAAGUGCUCUUUUAGUUCAUGAGAAUAUGUAUUUCUUUUUAGUGCACGUUGUGUUGCCAAGUAAAUGGUUGGUAAAAAAUGAUCGAAGAAUUUAUAGUCUUUGUGAAAAGUUCAAGUAGACGAUAUUAAAAAAAAAAAAAAAAAAGGAAAGUUAUAUCUUAAAAAAAAUAUCGCAAAAAAUUUCAUCGCUAAUACGAAAAAUGGUGAUUUUAGCAUCGUCGUUUACGAUUCUCAGCAUCUGCGGAUGCUGGAGACCUCCAUCUUGGUCAUUAUCGUUUUAUAAACGUUUCGCGUAUAAUUUAUACACGAUCUUUAUAGCUUUUUUAAUAUCUACUGUACCAUUGUCACAAGCCAUCGGUAUUGUUCUGAACGAAGGCGAUUCGAGUGAUUCUUCCGAUGACAUUUAUGUAUUCUUCGCGAUACUUAUAUCUUGUUUCAAAAUGCUAAGUCUAAUGGUCAAUCGCAAUAACAUUGUUAAUUUUGUUGGUACUUUAACACAAGAACCAUACAAACCAUCCGAUGGUGUGGAAACAAGAAUUCAAAUCAAGUUUGACAAUUGGUCGAGAUUGAACACACAUUAUUACAUUGUCUUACUUUUUUCAACAACCUUUUGUUUCAUAUCCUUGUCUGUAACUACAAAUUUGGUAAGGAGAAAAUUAACUUUUCGAGCUUGGUUGCCUUUUGAUAAUAACAUGACAACCUUUAUAUUUUACUUAACAUACUUUCAUCAAAUAUCAGCACUUCUAAUAGGACCAACACUUCACAUUGCUUUGGAUUGUUUAAUAUUCGGCUUUCUAAUACAUAUUUGUUGUCAAAUCAAAAUUUUGGAAAAUCGUCUGAUGAAGAUUACAAACGAAAAUAAAUCUGUUCUAAGGCUUUGUAUCCGCCAUCACAACUGUAUAUACAAAUUAGCCAAUAAGGUGAAUAAGAUGUUCGAAUUUACGAUCUUCAUUCAAUUUUUCAUCACCACAUCGAUAAUAUGUUUUACAUUGUACCAAUUAACAAAAAUUUCACCAAUUUCCUUCGAGUUUAUGAAAAUAUUGAUCUACAUGAUUUGCAUAUUAACACAAAUAUAUCUAUAUUGUUGGUACGGAAAUUUAGUUGAAACGAAGAGCGAAGAAAUUGCAACGAUAAUUUUCGAUAUAGAUUGGAUAACACUUAGCGAUGACAUCAGGAAAAAUCUUUUGUUUAUGUUGAAACGUACGAUGAAACCAAUCGUCUUCGUCGUCAUAAGAAUUCUUCCUGUCAAUUUCAAUUCUUUCCUCAAAGUACUUAAAACAUCGUACUCGGCGUAUAACAUUUUGCAGCAGACACAAGAAAAAAUAAUUAUAACGUUAAUAAUGUGCAUAUUAUCGUUGACUUUCAAAAUUUUAAUAUUUUGUGGUGUAUGGAAGCCAAAAUCAUGGACAACGACUUGCAAAAAAAUAAUUUAUGGUACAUAUACUUUUCUCGUGAUAUCGUUCGUACAUUCCUUUCUAUGGUCGCAAAUGAUUGACAUGGUCACUGUCGACAAUAUGAAUGACUUCAUUGAAAGCUCCCACAUGCUUUUGACAAUGGUGAUCGGUUUUUGUAAAGCAGUGAACAUAUUGAUGGCACGAGAGAAGAUUAUAAAAUUAAUUGAUGCUCUCACUGAUGAAAUAUGUCUUUCUCUUGAUUCCGAAGAGUCGAAGAUCCAAGAGAAAUAUGAUCGGACUAUUCGGGCUAAUACGCUUCAUUAUGCCAUCAUGAUCGAGACGUCAGUUUUAUCGAGCAUUUUAAAUUCCCUUUUAACUGAUUUACGAGCGAAAACGUUGCCCUUUAGAGCCUGGAUACCUUACGAUUAUUCUUCCUCAAUCGUUUUUUACUUAACUUACUUUUAUCAAAUGAUAUCGAUGACAGCCUGUUCUCUCUUUCACGUUGCAAUAGAUGCACUGUUUUGUGGAUUUUUAUUACAAAUUUGUUGUCAAAUAGAUAAAUUGAAGUGUCGAUUGAAACGCUUAAACUGUGAUGGUCUCGACGGUCUUCGAAAAUGCAUUCAACAUCAUUAUCAAAUUUAUCAAAUCGCUGAAAAAGUGAACGAAGCUUUUGUUAUGACGAUAUUUUCUCAAUUUUUCAUCAGUUCAAUAGUCCUUUGCUUGAGUAUGUUCGAGCUACUUAAAAAUGAUCUACUGAGUACAGAAUUUAUGGCCCUGAUAAUAUAUUUGUCAACUUUAUUGGUACAAAUUUAUAUUUUUUGUUGGUACGGCAAUGAAGUGAAAUUAAAGAGUAUUCACAUUGCCGUCGCAUUUGCCGAGUCAAAUUGGAUGUCGUUAGAUAAUAGUUCGCAAAAAAUGAUUCUAAUAAUGAUGCAACGUGCAGCAAAUCCCAUCGAAUUUGUUAGUGGAUAUUUUAUUACCGUAAAUCUCGAUACCUUCGUGAACUUGAUCAAAACCUCCUAUUCGGCAUAUAAUGUUCUUCAAAAAGCGCAAUGAACAAUGAGAAAGGCGAAUAUUCCAAAACUAUUUACGUGUAUGUAUAUACACACGCACUUAGAAAUUUGUUAAUACACG